AUGAUUGACAUUACACACACCGGAGGACCUGACGACACGAUGGACGAGGCGCGAACGAACAGCAACGGCGAGUUCAGCCUUGAUGGCCAAACGUCGGAGAUGACCACCAUCGACCCGGUGGUCAAAAUCUACCACGACUGCAACGACGCCUACAAGCCGUGCCAGCGACGGUGGAAAAUGGAUAUUCCGAAGAAGUACGUCGGCACGCCUUCGAAAAUACCGGCGGUGUGCGACAUCGGCGUCCUCAACCUCGAAGUUUACAUGCACGACGAGGAGCGCAACUGCAUAUAA